AACGCCUCACGCGAAACCGAAAGUAAUCAGGGCGUUUGUUUGAUAGAACGUGCCAGACGAGCGACGACAGGAGGCUGUGAUAUCGUGCUUUAAAGUUCAAACAAUCGAUUAAUUGUUCUUUAAACCGGAUUAUUCGCGUUGUUUCUUUAGUUUUUGCCUCUUCUCCGCCAUGUUUCGUCGUCUGUUCCAGCUCGCUGCGCUGCUGCUGCUCUGCACAGCAGAAGCCUCGGGAGAGAGCGAGCCAGCGAAGGUUCAGGCUCUUGCCGGCGAAACAGUCGUUCUGCCCUGCCAAACCAAUGCCGAUGACCUCCCAGCCAUCGAAUGGUCCAAGGAAGGUUUGGCUCCCAAACGCAUUAUCCUCGCGUACCGAAACGGCCGUGACGUCCACGGCGAGAAGAAUGAGCUCUUUCAUUACAGAACGAGCCUCAUCAUGGACAAGCUGAAAGACGGAAACAUCUCGCUGAGGAUUUCCGGCGUGCAGCUCCCCGACGCGGGAAAGUACACCUGCAAGACGAUCCGGAAUCAAGUGGCGAAGGAGGUCAUGGUACAGCUUUCUGUGGACGCAGUUUCUGAGCCAAAGCUGUCAGCUGUUCCCGCUGUCGAUGGUGGAGUGACCCUGCAGUGUGAGGCCGACUGCUGGUGCCCGCAGCCCGAGAUCACAUUUCUUGACAAACACGGAAACGUCAUCAGUGCCGAAGAGCCAAGAACUCAUCCGGAUAACAGAGGAUGUUUCAACGUCACCAGGAGAAUGACUUUACAGACUUACACCAGCAGCGUCACCUGCAGAGUUCACCAGCCUAAAACAAACCAGACGAGGGUUGCAGAGAUUUACAUACCAGAUGACUGCAUGAGAUCCUGCACUCGAACUGCCGUCAUCGCCGUCGCUGUUGCGAUCGCAAUCCUUCUCGUGAUCCUAUUUGCAUGUGUCGCGAUCACAAACAGGAAGUGUGGAAUAACUGUUGGGGGACAAAAGUCCAGACAAUCACUGAGUACAACAAGCAGGAAUGUAGACAUCUACCCUCGGGGAACCGCCACCACUGACCUCCUGAGGAAACUAGAUGAGCUGGAGUUGAAUCCUCAUGAGAAAGAAGACAUCGUCCGCAAACUAACUCAACACCUGAGUUACCUCGUCUCUGAGAGGAGCGCUGUUGUACCCAACAGCCUUCGCAGAUCCUCUCCCGUCACCCCGCCACCCGUUAAUCCAACCUCCAACAUUCCCCACAGCGACAACCCAAAACCAGCGGCCUCGACCGGCAGCCACCGUCCAAAAUCUGUCAGCUUUGCCCAGAAUGUAGACCUAAAACCGGGUGUCUCAGAUCCAGCAUCCAGCCCUCACAACCCCAGCAGCCCUGCUCUUCCCGCAGACACCUCUGCUGUUCUUCCGCCCAGUUUUUCUUCAGAUGGAACGUCCAUUAAGCGUACGAUGAGCCUCCCCGCGUCUCAGCUUCGUCUGAAACCUGUUACCAAGCUCCAGCGUAGAUACACCAUGAUGCCCAGCAACCGCUUCAGUCCUCUUGAAGGUCUAUCUGAUGAUGAGCAAGCGUUGUUGUGAUCAGAACACAGCAGAGAUGGGACCAGGUUUGGCAGAAAUUGAAAUUUGAGAUGAACAACUCGCGGCUGCUGUCGGCUGGACAGAAGUUUGGGUUGUGUUGACGUAAAAAAAAAAGAUGGCAUAUCAGACAUUCACGAAAAACCUGGUACCCACAGAAACACGAUGAGUUUUAGUCUCGAAGAAAAAAUUGGGAAUUUACAACCAAAAUCUGCAUAUUGUAACCCUAACCUGAAAGUGAACACUGAUUUAUUGAUUGAAUCCAGACCACGAUCUUCUCCUCGACAUAACCAAGGAGUUUUAUUAUCAUAAUGUAACCAACUGCGACUGAGAACAGAACAUUUUAAUACUUUAAUACUAAUAAUAAUCUGGGUUUUUAGAGCGUCCUGACAUUUUAUAUCAAAAAAUCAUCAAAUUAACUCGACACUGUGACUCAUGAACAGCAACUUAACUGGUGCUCAGAUGCAAAUACAGCUGAGAGGCUUGAAUUAGAUUCAAUUAGCGACUGUUACAAAUAUGCCAUUUUUUAAAAAAGGAAGCCAGAAGUCAUACAGUGAGAAGAAAGAAAUCAUGUAAAGAAAUCAAACUGUAGAUGCAUCAUUUUAUAACUGUGUCAAACUAUUUGGUGCUGAGAGAUUCCUCGACCAGCAACUCUUGAAACGUUUACUAUGCAUGUUUUUUGGGGUUGAACUGACCCUUUAAACCCAGCUGUCUUUCAGCAAACGUGCCUUUUUACCUCUUUAUCUCUAUCUUAUCACUUCAGCAUUUACACUUUGUUUACCUGUUGCAAUAAGCUUUACAAGCAGUGUUUUUAAAAAAUAUAUAUAUUUACAGCCAUCAUGCUAAUUACAUACCAAAUGUUAUCUCUGAUGGGUCGAGGUUUGCAGGCUUUAAAGAUAAAUAUAUAUUUUUCUUCCUUUUGAGGUACAUUGUUUUUUUAUAUGUAAAACACAUUCUGGGGUCUGAGGAAGAUUAGUGGCACCAACUUCAACGUUUUUACUUUUAAAAUACUAAAAUGUAGUUAGCACUUGAUGGGAUUCAUGCUGAUAUUCACUUUAUUUUAGCCUUUUUCAUGGUAGUGAUUGUAUUUUUUACUGUAACACAAGUUUGUCUGUUCAUAUGCCGUCUGUCUAUUUCAUAACCUUUAUUUCAAGAUCUUUGCACAUUUCUGCACGUCUUACAGUAUGUUUAUAUAUGGAUGAGGGUGAUUUAAAAAGGGAUCUGUAAAAGGGUUGCAAUGGUAUGAGAUUUUCAAGGUUCACUAAUUUUCACAGUACUACACAGUUGUUACUGUCAACAAAGAGCCUCAAAGCUACUGUGAACACGGAAGG